AUGUAUGAGAUCACGCAGGCCUGCAUCAGACAUGCCAGCUGCGAAGAAGCUGCCUGGGACCAUCAGAGUCUAUGCCUGGGCUCAGGGGAGCCGGCAGUUCCAAGCCUGAAGAAGAAGCAGAAGGAGAAGCACACGCAGAAGCAGCAGCAGCAGCAGCAGAAGGCAGCCCCGAAGAGGAAGCAAUCCACGUGCCGCAGGCUCGCCAAGAAACAACGCCAGAGCUUCACCACCUACUUCCCCCGGGUUCUCAAGAAAAUCCACGAGGACCUGAGCCUUUCACAGGAGGCCCUGAGCGUCCUGGAUUCCUUCGUGAAGGUCAUGUUCGAGCGCAUCGUCCAGGAGGCCAGUCACCUGGUCCGCUCCAACCAGCGCGCCACCCUCACGUCCAGAGAGAUCCAGACGGCCGUGCGCCUGCUGCUGCCCGGCGACAUCGGCAAGCACGCCGUGAACGUGGCCACCAAGGCCGUCAUCAGAUACACUAGCUGCGCGUGA